UACCGCAUACUACGCAUUCGAUCCCUACGCAUACCACGCACGAUCUCUACCGCAUACAACACAGAUUCUCACAUCAGACACGACGCACGACUUCAUACCGCACGCUUAAGUGCUGCUUUCACGACGAUGGGCCUAGGCGCUGGGGACGGGGUGCGAUAUACCCUACCCUACUCGCUGCAUACAUGCACCGCUUCAUUAUUCUAUAUUGCAUACCCCUAUACGUAUACUUCGUCUAUUGCGAUGGACGUGUAAUUAUUGAUGUACAUAGUAUUACACGCUGGAUACGUGAAUUGUUGUUUCAAUGUUACUUGAUUUACAUGUGUGCUACUGCGUUAAACUAUGGCACGACGCUGAAACCAACUUGAUCAGCACCAACUUGACGAGCAAGU